AUGUCUGCCAUACCUAUGCGGCACCUUGCACUCUGUGAUAAGGCCACUCUGAAUGCUAUUCAAACUCUCACUUCUGAUUUGGCUUCCCUCGCUCAAUCCAUUUUCGAUAUACGGAAUGAUCCAGAAGCUAUUGCUCACACCCACAACCAGGUCAUUGUUGCUCUCGCAACUCUCCAGUCAUCCGUUCAAGACCUCUCUCGUGCCUACAUUCAACAUGCCAAUACCGUUCUCACCCCAGGCAAGCAUGGUUUGACUCCUAUUGACAGCAACCUCACCAGCAUCCUCACCGAGUCUGGUCUCUUGACUGGUCGACCCGCCGAUGCUGCCCCGGCCGCAGCAGAACCUGAGGGUGACGGAAAGAAGAAGCGCAAGAGGACCCCUCACGACCCCAACGCUCCGAAGCGUGCUCUCACCCCAUACUUCCUGUACAUGCAGAGCGCACGUGCCACUAUCGCUAAAGAGCUGGGUGACUCGGCCAAACCAAAAGAAGUUGCCGAUGAGGGUACUCGUAGAUGGACUGAGAUGAGUCCUGCCGAGAAGAGUGUGUGGGAUGACAAGUACCAGAAGAAUUUGGCUGCCUAUCGUGUCAAGAUGGCAGCAUACAAGGCUGGACAACCAGUUCCCAGUGAUGAAGAAGCUGCUCGUUUGGUGGAGAUGGGCAAGGCACCAGAUCACGUUGCUGGCGUCGAUGCCGAAGCAGAGACAGAAGAUGAGCCUGCUGCUCCUGCUGAAACUUCUGACGAGUCGUCUCCGGAGCCGGUCAGAGAGCCCACCCCGCCGAAGUCUAAACGCCGCAAGACCAAAGAUGCCACUCCCAGCAAGCCCACUCCCAAGGCUGAAGCUAAAUCUCCAGAGAAGAAGGGCAAGAAGGGUAAGAAGGAGAACCCAUCUGCUCCCGCCUCGUCAUCGAAGACUGAGAAAUCAAGGAAGGCAAAGAAGUAA